UUGCGAAUUCGGUUUAUGAUUGGUUAGAAUUGAUUAUAGGAAUAAAUAUUGACCAAUUGAUAAUUGAUUCCUAAUCAAUUAAGUUAAAUUUUCUUACACUAAAGAACCUACUGUUGCAUGUUGAUUUAAAUAACUGAUUGAAGACUAAAUAAGCGGAAUAGCCGACUUAUUUUUAGCUUUUAUCUAUUUUGUGAUAAGAGUAACAGCUUCAUUCAAUAAUAAGAUCCAGAAUCGGUGAGUUGAAAGAAAAGAUGAACUUCGCUGGAAAGGUUGUUAUAGUUACAGGCGCCAGUUCAGGAAUUGGCGCCGCGACAGCUGUGUUUUUAUCGAAACUCGGCGCCAAAUUAUCGCUUACGGGAAGAAAUGUGAAUAAUUUGCAGAAGGUUAAUAAGGAUUGCGAGAAAGCGACGUCUACUUUCAUCGUCCCUGCUGACUUGACUAAAGAAAGCGAUAUUGAAAAUAUAGUCAAAAAGACCGUGGAUCAUUACGGACAAAUCGACGUUUUGAUUAAUAACGCCGGUAUUAUAGAAACUGGCACAAUCGAGAACACCUCGUUGGCUCAAUACGACCGGCUUAUGAACACUAAUGUACGCUCUAUUUAUUAUCUAACCAUGCUGGCCGUACCACAUCUGAUAAAAACUAAAGGUAACAUUGUCAAUGUAUCAAGCGUUAAUGGUAUUAGAUCAUUUCCUGGAGUGCUAGCGUAUAACAUUUCAAAAGCUUCAGUGGACCAGCUCACAAGAUGUGUGGCUCUAGAGCUGGCAUUAAAAGGUGUUAGAGUCAACUGUGUGAACCCUGGGGUCAUAUUGACCGAGUUGCAAAAACGUGGAGGCUUAAACGAGGAACAAUAUGCAGCAUUCUUAGAAAGGACUAAGGAGACUCAUGCAAUAGGACGUCCUGGCAAGCCAGAGGAAGUUGCUGCAACUAUAGCUUUCUUGGCUAGUGAUCUAGCCAGCAAUAUCACUGGUGCUAGCCUUCCAGUGGAUGGUGGACGUCAUGCAAUGUGUCCUCGUUAAUGAAAUAUUCAGUAAAUACAUAAAUUGCAGUGUAUUUAUAAGUAGAGAAAGAUAAGGGCAGUAUCAGUUGAACACUUCUCAUUGUAAUAUCCCACUUUUGAUGUUUGAUAUUCCAGCUACUCAAUCUUGUUUCAGAAGUCUAGCAUGAUGCUCAGGUGGCUUAAGGCUUUCGGGAAUGUAGCUAGGGAUCUUGGGUAGAACUCGCGCUUUUCUUCUAUGCCCAUGCACUCCAGUUACAGUGGUUUAACACUUGUUAAUAUCAAGAUUUGCCACUUUUUUGAAACUUUACUAUGCAGUAACAUUUUGUGCAUGGGUUGAACAUUUGCCAGUGUAAAAUUUCAUGCAUCAGUGCAAAGCUUUCAUCUAUGUUCACAAAUUUAAACAAAAGGCUGUUAAUCCACAUUGGGGCAAAAUGGUGGGUUUUCGCUGUAUAUUCUUCUCCUAUGAAAGAGAGCCUGUGGAAAAUAAGCUGAUGAUGAGAGAUAGCCCGUUAAUUUAUUAAUUUAAGUGUUUGAAUUUUACCGGAUGUUGGCCAAAAUUUCAGGUUAACUACUGCUUUAAACCAUAAUAUAUUUAGUUAAAAUUUACAUUAUGGUUCACAUAAUAUGGACAUCACUACUUAUAAGUACACAAAAAUUAGUUGUGCCAUGAAAAUAACAAUGCCUUUAUUUUUUUAAUGUGUAAAAAAUUACUUUAUAUAGUUGUUAUAUUUAUAAGAAUAAUCUUGUUAUAUAUAAUAUAAUAAUAGUGUAAUGCAAUUACAUAUUUGCAUUUAUGAUUUCAAAGCUAUAAAAUGAAUAUAAA